AUGAUACAAUUGGCAAAAUCAAUUCCUCUCUUAUUCCGCGCUCCGAAAAAGAAAACGCCAGAGCCGGACUACGAAACGUUACUUCUGGUCAGUCAGUCUACAGUAAUCCGCCGAGACUCGUCGAGCUCAAUUCCAGGUGCCCGACACGAAUGUCCGUCUGGAAAUCGAGAUAGAAGACGAGUUGUACUUUCACGGAUUCAUGAAAACCGACGAGGCCGAGGAGAUUCUGCAGUUUGUUCAAUGGCCCGUUUUCUUUGAAAAUGAAUUCAAAUGUUCAGGGAGUGUGAGAGCGGGGUGUACUUGCUCAGAACCGUAAUGACGUUCGAUGGAGUCGGUUAUGUGAUCAGCGCGAAGGCGGAGAGCGGCAACGUCUUCCAUAUGAUCAUCAACAAAACCAAAGAAGUCUGUACUGCCGGCCCGCAAUGGAUCGAGUUCACAUUUUUCUUUUUUUUCAGACAAAACUCUAUUGGCUCGACGCUCACGCAUUCGUGUCAAUUCAACAACUCAUGGGAUUCUAUGCGGAGUAAGAGUUCCAGCAAUUCGAGCUGUGUACACUGUUGUUCUCAGAAGUCUAAUCCCGGUCCGAGUGGACGAAGACGAGCAAGAACACGAAGUUGUGUUCCGAAAACCGUUGCCGAGGCUUCAAUGGCAACUUGCCCACGAACAGGUGCGCACUCCUCUGGUCCCUCGAAGCUCAUAAGUUCUAUUGCAGCUCGAGAUGAACGAGACACUCGGAGCAGGCACGUUCGGCGACGUUUUCAAAGGAUUUCUGGAGGUUUCGUUCCGAAAAGGCCGCAAAAUUGUGGCGAUCAAGACUCUGAAGAACGUGGAACUCGCGUCGCAGAAGACGUUCGAAUUGCUGCACGAGGCGCACCAUAUGAAACGUUUCGACCACGUCCGUAACUGGAAAGAUCCCACCGGAAAGCUCUUUACUCUUUUCAGAAGCACGUUGUGAAGUUCCACGGGUUGGCCGCCUUCCGCGAGCCGUUCAUGAUCGCUAUCGAGUUCUGCGCCGGCAACAAUUUGGACGGAAGACUUCAGAAAACUGUGAGCAUUGCUGUAGAUAUCAGAAGAUUCAAUUUAUUUCAGUAUAUUCCGGUGUUUCAAAAGAUCAAAUACUUGUAUCACGCUUCUCUCGGAAUCAAUUAUCUCCACGAUAUCGGAAUCUGUCACGGGUGACUUUUCCCUUCACCCAACUAUAACGUCUCCCGUAUUCCAGUGACGUAGCCACUCGAAACUGUCUGAUUUCCGCCGACGACGUCAUCAAAAUCUCCGACUUUGGCUUGUCGGCCGACAAAAAGACAAAGCAGAAGAAAUCGGAUAACAUGCCGUUGCGAACGAUGGCUCCCGAGUGCCGCAACGCCGCCAUUUUCUGCACGAAAGGCAGCGACGUGUGGGCGUUUUCGGGGCUCAUCUUCGAAAUGUUUCACCGGGCGAUGGAGCCGUACGGCGAGUACGAGCCGAGGGGCAAAGUCGUCGAGGCGCUCAACAAUGGAGACGUGAGCGAGAGGGAGAUUCAGAGGGCACGUGGGAGAGUUUCAGAUCCAUUUGUAUUUGUUCGAACGGCCGCAGACGGAAGAGCCUCCGUGGGGAAUGACUUUGACGAAAAAGAAGGUUUGGGAGCAGACGCUCGAGAAGCCAAAGUAUCCGGCGAUCGUCAAGGAGAUCGAGAUUCUGUUCCGGCAGUGCAGGUUCCGAAACCUCAAGUUCCGGGCGGUUUUCCCUGAAGAAGACGAUCCGCACAGACGUUCGAUUUGCAAACACUUGGAGAACAUGACCAAAAAGUACAAUAUUACUGUGUGA